GCGCGCGCUCCCGGGAAGGAGAGGUCUGAGCGCUAGACCAGCGGCCCCAGUUUGUCGGGAGUAUCGGGCCUGUCUGCGAGCUGCUGGGGCCAGACCGGGCCGAGCGGAGGAAGCGGGCACCAUGGCCUCUCUCCUGCUGCUACCCCUGUUGCUGCUGCUGCCGCUGCUGCUGCUACCGCUGCGCCUAUGGUCUCAGUUGCGCUGGUUCGCGGCAGACUUGGCCUUCACGAUGCGCGCCCUUCGCUGCAAACGGGCCCUUCGAGCGCGCGCUCUGGCCGCGGCUGCCGCCGACCCAGAAGGUCCUGAGGGGGGCUGCAGCCUGGCUUGGCGCCUCGCGCAGCUGGCCCGGCAGCGCCCGGCGCACACCUUUCUCAUUCACGGCGCGCAGCGCUUUAGCUACGCGGAGGCCGAGCGCCAGAGCAACCGGGCUGCGCGCGCCUUUUUGCGCGCGCGAGGCUGGGACGGGGGACCCGGCGGCGGCGGCACGGGGGGCGCCGGGGAAGGCGAGCUGGCGGCGCACUGCGCGAGAGACCAGGCGGCCGGAAGCGGCGCGGCGCGGGCCGUGCGGGAAGGGGAUGGCGCGGCCCCUCUGGCACCUGGGGCCACCGUGGCGCUGCUGCUCCCCGCCUGCCCAGAGUUCCUGUGGCUCUGGUUCGGCCUGGCCAAGGCCGGCCUGCGCACGGCCUUUGUGCCCACCGCUCUGCGCCGGGGUCCCCUCCAGCACUGCCUCCGCAGCUGCGGCGCCCGCGCGCUGGUGCUGGCGCCAGAAUUCCUGGAGUCCCUGGAGCCUGAUCUGCCGGCCCUGAGAGCCAUGGGGCUUCACCUGUGGGCUGUGGGCUCUGACAGCCGUCCUGCUGGAAUCAGCGAUUUUCUGGCUGAGGCCUCAGCGGAAGUGGAUGGGCCAGUGCCCGGGUACCUGUCUGCCCCCCAGAACAUGACGGACACGUGCCUGUAUAUCUUCACCUCCGGCACCACGGGCCUUCCCAAGGCUGCUCGGAUCAGUCACCUGAAGGUCCUGCAAUGCCAGGGAUUCUACCAGCUGUGCGGUGCCCACCAGGAGGAUGUGAUCUACCUCGCCCUCCCGCUGUACCACAUGUCUGGCUCCCUGUUGGGCAUCGUGGGAUGCUUGGGCAUUGGGGCCACGGUGGUGCUGAAGUCCAAGUUCUCAGCUGGUCAGUUCUGGGAGGACUGUCAGCAGCAUGGGGUGACGGUGUUCCAGUACAUCGGGGAGCUGUGCCGGUACCUUGUCAACCAGCCCCCGAACAAGGCAGAACGUGGUCACCAGGUCCGGCUGGUGGUGGGAAGUGGGCUGCGGCCAGACACCUGGGAGCGCUUUGUGCGGCGCUUCGGGCCCCUGCAGGUGCUGGAGACUUACGGGCUGACCGAGGGCAAUGUGGCCACGUUCAACUACAUCGGACAGCAGGGCGCUGUGGGGCGCGCCUCCUGGCUCUACAGGCAUGUCUUCCCCUUCUCUUUGAUUCGCUAUGAUGUCACCACAGGGGAGCCAAUUCGGGACACCCAGGGGCACUGUGUGGCCACGUCUCCAGGCGAGCCAGGCCUGCUGGUGGCCCCUGUGAGCCAGCAGUCGCCAUUCCUGGGCUACGCUGGGGGGCCGGAGCUGGCCCGGGGAAAGCUGCUGAAGGACGUCUUCCGGCCUGGGGAUGUUUUCUUCAACACCGGGGACCUGUUAGUCUGCGACAACCAGGGCUUUCUCCGCUUCCAUGAUCGUACUGGAGACACCUUCAGGUGGAAGGGGGAGAAUGUGGCCACCACCGAGGUGGCGGAGGCCUUGGAGGCCCUGGACUUUCUUCAGGAGGUGAACGUCUACGGAGUCACUGUGCCAGGGCAUGAAGGCCGGGCUGGGAUGGCAGCCCUGGCUCUCCGUCCCCCCCACUCUCUGGACCUUGUGCAGCUCUAUGCCCAUGUUUCUGAGAACUUGCCACCUUAUGCCCGGCCUCGAUUCCUAAGGCUCCAGGAGUCCCUGGCCACCACAGAGACCUUCAAGCAGCAGAAGGUUCGGAUGGCAAAAGAGGGCUUUGACCCAGGCGCGCUGUCUGACCCACUCUACGUUCUGGACCAGGCCGGGGGCGCCUACCUGCCGCUCACCCCGGCCCGGUACAGAGCCCUCCUGGCCGGAGACCUUCGCAUCUGAGAGCCCCCGCACCAGCGCGCCUGACGGGGCCUCUGUGGGCUGGGGAGCUGCUCUUAGGGAUCUUUUCUGCACCAGGUUUGCGAUCUUUAUUUUGUAAUAAACGUGACCAGAGCUCCUCUGGCUCUGCC